CACAACUUUCAUACAAUACCAACACAAAAAUAUAGUCAGGGUCUAAAGCUUUUUUCUUUCAGUUUUUCAGAGGUUUGAACAAGAAAAAAAAAUGGAAAGGCUAAACUCAAAGCUGUACAUGGAGAACUGUUUGAUCAUGCAAGAAAAUGAAAAGCUGAGGAAAAAAGCACAACUCCUAAAUCAAGAAAAUCAAGCUUUACUUUCACAGCUUAAGCAAAGGCUAACUUUGGGUGACCAAAAUGUCAACAAUGCCACCAGCUCCUUCACUGAUCUCAAUCUGUCAACCACUACUUCCAAGCAUGGCUCUUCAACUUCUAGAAAAUAACUUGUGAAGUUGAUCAUGACUCUUAAAUUAGUGACUAAAAAAUGACAGAUAUCAACUUUUGUUAGCCCUCCUUUUAUUUUGGUUUUUGUUGGUAUGGGAAGUUUCUUCUAUCAGUUAGCUACAUAUAUUUUGGUAUCAAAAGUUAUAAAGGGAUAUUAGGGGGGUUUGGAUUGGUAUUCUAAUAGUAUCUUAGUAAUGGUGUAGUAUGUUACCAUGUUACAUAUGAUGAUGAUAUCAGUUCUUUAGUAGUACAAUUUACUAUUUUACAA